GAUGAUAGAAUGGAGAAAUUAUUAAAAAAGGCAAAGAUAUUCCUAGAUCAAAGACAAAAAUCAAAAGCAAGAAUUGCAUCACUUUGGAGUUUUAUUGGUGAGCUAUUCUCAUGGAAUGUGGUGUACUUGGCUUACAUUUGCAAGAAUGUUACGAAUGUAUUGGAUCAAGCUCAAUUCUUUCAAGAGCAUGCCGAAGAUGUGUUCGAUGUAGUUCAUAAGUCAUUUAUGGGACAAGUUGAAAAAAUAAAACCUGAAAUGUUAUCCCAUCUACUUGAUCACGGAAAUCAUCCGCGUGUUCGAAUACAAGGAUUUCAACUUUUGUUAUUAUGGUUAAAUGAUCAAACUAUCGAGUUGCAAGAGUGCAUGCAUCUUUAUUCAAAUGCUAUUUCGUUAGACUUAUUUUUAUAUGAUCAAAUACGAAAUGGAAGCGAUGAUUAUUAUGAAAGACAAAAUGUGUGGCGAAAAAGCAAUGUUCCUUUAGGGCUUGGACAAGAGUUGAUUCGAUCUGAUGACCAAGGUCCACUAUUUCCGAAUCCUCAUCCACCUACUUUUAAUGAUGCUGUACAAUUGAUACAACUUGAUCUAAGUAGUCUU